AUGUUACAAUUACAAACAAAACAUGAUGACAAUGGAAUGCAUCAGCUUCAGGAUUGGAUAUCUAAAAAAUCACAAUUUUUAAGAGCACAAUCAGGUUUAAAGAGAUUAAAUAAAGGUGCUUCUCCAAAAUAUCCUGAUUUGGAAGCUUUGUGUAAUGUGAUUGACAUUAAUUUAAUUCAAUGGUCUUUUAAAUGUUGUGGUAUAUCCAAUAAACAUGAUAAAACUGAAGAUAAGUUGAUUUUUAAUUAUAAUUAUUUAGAUCAAACAAGUCAACCUAAUGAUGAGAUCAAAUUACUAAAUGAGGAAAAUCAAGAAAUAAAUGAUACAAUUGCAAUUGAUAUAGUGAACAAAAAUCAAGAAACAUUCAAUGAAAUUAAAGAAAUUAACAUUAGUGCAGAAUUUGCAGAAGAGGAUAAUGAUUAUUAUAUUCAAAAUAAAAUAAAUUAUUAUAAUUUAUGGGAUGAUUAG